AUGAGAGGACAGGCUACAUACUCUACUUUUUCCCCAAGGGAUCAAAUCAAGUCUAAGAAUGAUAAUGCACUUAUCAUUGACAUAUCUCAACUUCUGAUAUCUCAUGGAGGGAGAGUCAUAUCAACAAAAAUUGCUUAUAAGAAUCAUCUCUUCCAAGUUACCAAUGUUUAUGCUCCUCAAAAUAGUAAGGACAGAAGUGAAUUCUUCGAAAGAUGGACACCACUUUAUGAUGAAGAAUCGAUAAACAUAUUGGGUGAGACUUUAACACCAAUAUAA